GCGCAUGCUGGUGAGAGGAAGACAGCAUUAGGCUGAUUUCCAGGAGGAGCCUUCUCUCUUUUCACUGUGUGUUAGGCAUUUUGUACAGAUUUUCGUUCUGUUAAAAAACACUUACCUCUUCCGGAAGUUUUUUAUAUCUCUUUGGGGGAGGAAAAAGAAACCAACUGUGAUCAGAAAACGGCCAGAAACCAUUUUAUUUGAACAACUGGUGGGAAGAAAAAGGAGAGAUACCAUCACAGGGAUAUAAAUAUCUUCUGAUAAAAAAAAUAUUUGUUUGAAUAGAAUUAUAUAUCGGUAGUGCAGCCUGACUUUCCACCCUGAGGGAGAGCGAUGGGGUGUUUGGGCAACAGCAAAACAGAAGAUCAGCGUAUUGAUGAGAAAGCGCAGCGAGAAGCCAACAAAAAAAUAGAGAAGCAGUUGCAGAAAGAGCGACUAGCUUAUAAAGCCACACACCGUUUGCUUCUGCUGGGGGCUGGUGAAUCAGGAAAAAGCACUAUUGUCAAGCAGAUGAGGAUCUUGCAUGUAAAUGGAUUUAAUUCAGAAGAAAAGAAACAAAAAAUUCUGGAUAUUCGGAAAAAUGUAAAAGAUGCAAUUGUGACUAUAGUUUCAGCAAUGAGCACUUUAAUACCUCCAGUUCCAUUAGCUAAUCAAGAAAACCAAUUUCGAGCGGAUUACAUCAAAAGCAUAGCUCCACUUUCUGACUUUGACUACACCCAGGAAUUCUUUGAACAUGCAAAACACCUCUGGGAUGAUGAAGGAGUAAAGGCAUGCUUUGAGAGAUCAAAUGAAUAUCAACUGAUCGACUGUGCACAAUACUUCCUAGAAAGACUAGACAGUGUCAGUCUGCCUGAUUACACGCCCACAGAUCAGGAUCUCUUAAGAUGCAGGGUUUUGACUUCUGGGAUUUUUGAGACAAGAUUCCAAGUAGACAAAGUAAAUUUUCACAUGUUUGAUGUAGGUGGUCAGAGAGAUGAAAGAAGAAAAUGGAUCCAAUGCUUUAAUGAUGUCACAGCUAUUAUCUUCGUUGUGGCCUGUAGCAGCUACAAUAUGGUCAUAAGAGAAGACAACAACACAAACAGAUUGCGCGAGUCCUUAGAUCUCUUCAAAAGCAUCUGGAACAAUAGGUGGUUACGGACAAUUUCUAUCAUUUUGUUUCUGAACAAACAAGACAUGCUUGCUGAAAAAGUCUUGGCAGGGAAGUCUAAAAUUGAAGAUUAUUUUCCCGAAUUUACAAAUUACACUGUACCUGAAGAUGCAACACCAGAUGCAGGAGAAGAUCCCAAAGUUACAAGAGCAAAGUUUUUUAUUCGGGAUGAAUUUUUACGAAUAAGUACAGCAACUGGAGAUGGAAAGCAUUAUUGCUAUCCACAUUUCACAUGUGCAGUUGACACAGAAAAUAUUCGAAGAGUGUUCAAUGAUUGUAGAGACAUCAUUCAGAGAAUGCAUCUUCGCCAGUAUGAACUAUUGUAAUUAAGGACACCUUGGAGUCGGUGGUUUUAAGCAUCUUUCUUUCUUGGCUUCCUCAGAUGAAGUAGAGGAAGAGAUAUUAGAUCCAUCUGCCUCCUCAGUUCGUUUACUUUUAUUAGACUUUCUAGCCAGCCCAUGCUUUAGGGACAAUAUGUGUGUUUUAUUUUUAUAUGCCACUUCUUUGUCAUUCCACUGAAGUCUUUGGCUACCUCUGUUUCCUUUGGUUUUGUUUGUAAAUUUUUGUUUAUGUUUAAUUAAUUGGACAUAGUCUGCUAAUUUUUUUUCAGCAGACUUGUUAGUUCAAGCUGGUAUCUGCUAGUUAGAUGACACUGUGUCAUACCUAGAAUGUUUUUGGAGGGUUCCUUUUGUGUCAUGACACUGAAGAGUACUUGAGAGAAAGAAAGGGAAUAAUGCACUUUGCUUCAGAAUUAGAAAAUACUGUUGGGGAUGUAUACAUGCAUGAUGUAGCAGCACUAUGAUAUUUAUUACACUAAGUUUUUAACGAACUGAGUUGCAGGUCAACUGAUGAAGUGACCUCCUCUUCUAAGCCAUUGCUGGCCCAGGAAUAGAGUAGGUAAGCAAUUUUGGGAGGUUUGGAGCUAUGAGUCUCUCUACACCUCAGGCUUUUGAAUUUAGAGCUACUUUUUCAGCCUAUUGCAUUUAGGCAGAAAAUUCACCUUCACAUACCAUAUUUCUUCUGUCCACAAAUGAUUCAAUUAAUUUAGAUCAUUUUUGGACAUCAGUCUUCUAUGAAAAUAUAAAUAUAUAUAUAAUAUAUAUAUAAUAUAUAAUAUAUUUUUUUUGUUUUACUGCUGGUUUAUUAUAUUGUACAGACUGUAAAGUGUAAUAUUAUUUUGUACAAUUUUAUUGAAGAAAAUACUUGUAGAAGAUCUUUGUGCCUUGAUUAUGGCUGUACCUGUAAAAUGAGCUAAGAUGUAAGUAUGUUUUUGAUUGCGCUGUACAGCUUGAUGUCAAUUCUACCUACAGCAGUGACUGGAGGUUUGAAAAAAACUCUGUAGAGUUUAGGGUUUUUUUCUGAUUUAUAUAAAAUGUUCUUUAGUAUAAAAAUUAUAAAUUAUGCAAAUUUUAGUCAUAUUAACUUUCCAAGUAAGUAAUUGCUGCUACUGUGGCAGCAAUAGCCUUUCAGACUCAGCUUUAAAAAUUGAUUUAAGUGUCCAAAUUGCAACCUGGUGUUAGUUUCAUGGGAAUAUCUUGUUUUACCUUUAAAACUAUGUUCAGUAAUUCUUUGGUCAUUCAUAAACCGUUCACAAUUACAGAUUGUGAAUGUGUAAAGGCACCAUUAGAUA